CUGGGGCGGUGAGAGCAGCGCGGCGUAGAGUGCAGGCGGGCUUCGCCGAAAAGCCGGACUCGGCCGGCGCCGGUUUGGGGAUCGCCGCCUGCAGCCAUGACCCUAGCAGUCCGUCCUUCUGCCUCGGCUCCUGGUGUCUGAUAUUCCUCACAGUCUCGUACAGCUGCCGGAGAGGCGGCCGCUGCCCGCUCUUCGCCUUUGGCGCCUUACCCGACUCCCUAUCCGGAGCUGGGAGGACCGCGGCCACCAGCGCCCCUGUGCAAACUGGGGGUGUCUGCUGGAGCAGUCCCCGCCGCUGCUGCCCGUGGCUCUGGCCAUGGCCUGGCGGGGCACAGGGCCCAGCGUCCCGGGGACGCCUGGAGGCGUCAGGCUGGGGCUGCUGCUGCAGUUGCUCCUGCUCCUGCGGCCGGCACUGGGCUUCGGGGACGAGGAGGAAAGGCGCUGCGACCCCAUCCGCAUCGCCAUGUGCCAGAACCUCGGAUACAACGUGACCAAGAUGCCCAACCUGGUGGGACACGAGCUGCAGACAGACGCCGAGCUGCAGCUGACAACUUUCACGCCGCUCAUCCAGUACGGCUGCUCCAGCCAGCUGCAGUUCUUCCUUUGUUCGGUUUAUGUGCCAAUGUGCACAGAGAAGAUCAACAUCCCCAUUGGCCCGUGCGGUGGCAUGUGUCUUUCAGUCAAAAGACGAUGUGAACCAGUCCUGAAAGAAUUUGGUUUUGCCUGGCCAGAUAGCCUGAACUGCAGCAAGUUCCCACCCCAGAAUGACCACAACCAUAUGUGCAUGGAAGGACCAGGUGAUGAAGAGGUGCCCUUGCCUCACAAAACCCCCAUCCAGCCUGGAGAAGAAUGCCAUUCUGUGGGAACCAAUUCUGAUCAGUAUAUCUGGGUAAAAAGGAGCCUGAAUUGUGUUCUCAAGUGUGGCUAUGAUGCUGGCCUGUAUAGCCGCUCAGCUAAGGAGUUCACGGACAUUUGGAUGGCUGUGUGGGCCAGUCUGUGUUUCAUCUCUACCACCUUCACUGUGUUGACCUUCCUGAUCGAUUCAUCCAGGUUUUCUUACCCUGAGAGACCCAUCAUAUUUCUCAGUAUGUGCUAUAAUAUUUAUAGCAUUGCUUAUAUUGUUCGGCUGACUGUAGGCCGGGAAAGGAUAUCCUGUGAUUUUGAAGAGGCGGCAGAACCCGUUCUCAUCCAAGAAGGACUUAAGAACACAGGAUGUGCAAUAAUUUUCUUGCUGAUGUACUUUUUUGGAAUGGCCAGCUCCAUUUGGUGGGUUAUUCUGACACUCACUUGGUUUUUGGCAGCAGGACUCAAAUGGGGUCAUGAAGCCAUUGAAAUGCACAGCUCUUAUUUCCACAUUGCAGCCUGGGCUAUCCCUGCAGUGAAAACCAUUGUCAUCUUGAUCAUGAGACUAGUGGAUGCCGAUGAACUGACAGGCCUGUGCUAUGUUGGGAACCAAAACCUAGAUGCCCUCACUGGCUUUGUGGUGGCUCCUCUCUUUACAUAUUUGGUGAUCGGAACUCUGUUCAUUGCAGCGGGUUUGGUGGCCUUAUUCAAAAUUCGGUCAAAUCUUCAAAAAGAUGGAACAAAGACAGACAAGUUGGAAAGGUUGAUGGUCAAGAUCGGGGUUUUCUCAGUACUGUACACGGUUCCUGCAACCUGUGUGAUUGCCUGUUACUUCUAUGAAAUCUCUAACUGGGCACUCUUUCGGUAUUCUGCAGAUGACUCUAAUAUGGCAGUGGAAAUGUUGAAAAUUUUUAUGUCUUUGCUCGUGGGCAUCACUUCAGGCAUGUGGAUUUGGUCUGCUAAAACUCUUCACACGUGGCAAAAAUGUUCUAACCGAUUGGUGAAUUCUGGGAAGGUAAAGAGAGAGAAGAGGGGGAAUGGUUGGGUGAAGCCAGGGAAAGGCAAUGAAACUGUGGUAUAAGCCUAGCAGGCUUCUACAUUUCCUCAUUUUGAAGGAAAUUACCCAGUGACUCUCAGUCUGAACAAACUAGAAACACUUUAGCACCCCCACUGUCAGCCCACCACCCCUCACCCCACCCAGCAUCAUAAAAGCGACUCUGGAAUGAUCCAAAAUGGAAAAGCCAGUUAGAGGCUUUCAAAGCUGUGAAAAGUCAAAAUGUUGAUCACUUUAGCAGGUUGCAACUUGGAGCGCAGAGGUCCUGCUUAGAUUCUGAAGUCCAGGGUGAUGCUGUUUGCCCCUACCGGGUGAGAUUUCAGCUGUGAGUUGAUUACAUGCAGGGAGAAAGAUUAAUUUUUUUUAAAAACUCUUAAAUUUUAAAUAGUAACUAGAUCUUUCAGAUAGCAAAGUGAUCUAUAAACACUGGAAACACUGGGGUGGGAGACGUGUUACAGAGUUUGAUAGUUUGGCUGGUCUAACAUAAACAUCUUCUGGCCUACACUGUCUGCUGUUUGGAACUCUGGAGCGCACUCCCAAGAGGUGGUGUCAAAAUCCUUCAGUGCCUUUGUCGUAAAACAGAAUUGUUUGAACAAACAAAAGUACUGUACUAACACACGUAAGGUAUCCAAUGGAUCUCUCUCUCUUAAAUUUCAACAUCCCUAUUCUAGGCAGCCCCUGUUUUCCUCACUUUACACUAAUGACUGAAGAAAAAUGAUUUUUAUAAGACUUUUUUGCACUGCUGCAUGCCUAAUGAGGAAGGAGGGAAAGGUGAUUCACUUUCUGACAAUCACUUAAUUCAGAGGAAAAUGAGAUUUACUAAGUUGACUUCCCUUACCGACCCCAGAGACCUAUUGCAUUAAGUAAUGUUAAGCAAUUGGGACUUAAAAUAUUUUAGUUUGUGUGAUUGCAUCUAGGCAGACGCCAGUCUGGAAGAACUGAAAUGUUAAAUUUCUUGGCAACUUUGCAUUCGCACAGAUUAACUGUGUAAUUUGUGUGUGUCAAUUACAAUUAAAAGCAAAUUCUUGGACCAUGACAUAGUAUACUCAAUUGACUUUAAAACUGUGGUCAACUUGCAUUCAUAGUGAUAGUGGCCCCCCCACAGCAUAAGAAUGUUAUCGGAGUUUGGUCUACUUACCACAAUGGAGACUUAUUCAACUUUGCAAAGGCAACUAAGGACAGCAGACCCGAAUUCUUGGUGCAUAAUUGUUCCUUAGUAAUUGGCAAAGGUUCCUUAUAAGACUUCAUUAGAGGCAGUGUGGCCUGGAGUAUUUAUAUGGUGCCUAAUGAAUCUCCAGAAUGCCAGCCAGAAGCUGGAUUGGUUAGCAGGGGAUAUGGUAUAGACCAUAUGAAAUGAGCUGCAAGGUCUAACAGCACGGGUCUUAAUUGCCUUUGCUAAGGUAUCCAAAGCUCUUAAAAUUUAUGCUUUAAGUCCCUCACAAGGGGGUACCCGCUAGCAACUUAUCAAAAGUUGCAGUUCUUUUAAAAUUGUAACUGGCCUUUCUCUUAACCUGCCUUAGGCCAUUUAAUCACCAGAUCUCUGGGACAAACUGUUGUACAUGUCACAGGUUGCUCUCCUCGUAUUUCAUACCUGUCUGCUUCAGCAACUGCAGUUAUUUAUUGAUUCAUGCUUUGUUCGUUUAGUAAGAAAGCUGUUCGUGUUUUACCAAUUAUACUUCAUGGAGAAAUAUUUCACAGACUCUAAAUCCCAAAUAAAUGAUCAAAUUCUGGACAUAUAUAUAUACUUUUAAAAAUUAGGUGGGUUUUUGUUUUUUUGCUUGUUUGGUUGGUUGUUUUUAACUUUAUGUCUAUGACUUGACAUUUUCUCCCUGAACCCUUUGUUUUUGCAAGUUAUGUAACUGUCUGAAGUCAAGAUGCAUAUAAGGCCCAAUGUGUGUUCAGAAAGGAGAGUCUUGGAGCUUGUGAGACAGAGACCUUCAUGAACCUGGGUGGCCCCUGAUGAUUUACACAGUCUAAAUACCUAGGCUGGACUAGGCCAUAAGGCUCUAGAACCAUGAGAACUGAUCUCUGGAAGGCCAGUUUAACUCCUGAAUGAGCUGCCUAUGAAAUGUGAAAUGGACACGCCCUGUGCUACUCGCAGACAGUUCCCAUAGCUGUCCAGGGCCCUAGAGUGUACACCCAAGGGCAGAUUCUGCCCUUACUCACGCUCUGCUCUGGUGUCUUGGGAGUUGUGCAGUGACUCUGGCCCAAGGAUAGGAUGGGGGACCAGGCAGUAGCUGACUGCCUUUGCUGUGUAGGCUUUGUAAUGUAAUUCUCCUUGUAAUGAAUGCUUCAGUGACUGUGGGACCAAGACAGCACCCUCCAAAGGGCUGGGUCUGUGUCAACAAAAACCAUGACAACAGCAAGCCCUUAGGUGAACCUGGCCACCUGUACUCUGAAUUCUGGAGCUAGUGUACUAACAAUUUUUCUGUCCCAUCAGUCACUUGCUUUUUCAGGGGAAUUUUUGCUUGAGCAAAGAGGGCUGUCAGUUCAGACUGGUUUAGUAGUCUUAGCAAUGUCAUGGAGUUGUUAGGCCUUUCCUUUCAUAUUCUAGAUGAUGAAGAAUGUUUCCAGUUUCCAGGAAAAGAACCUGAUGACUGAGGAGUCCCUUACCAAUACACUUCAAGCAACCUCAUCACUUCAUGUCAUUUCCACUAGCUCCUCACACAAUUCUUCCUAGGUCUCUCUACCUUUCCAUGAUUAAUUAAUAUCAGAAAGCAUCAGCCUUGCUUCGUGACAAUCUCCAUACAAACUCCCCAGGACAAUCAGAGUAGGUCCAAAGGACUGUAAUCUCCUGUGGCCUUGGGCACCGGAUGGUCAGGGCUUGGAGUGUCCCAUGGGACUUCUACUGAUAGGUUUGAGGACAGCAGCAUGCUGAGGGGUAAGUUAGGUGUGUUUCCUUCCUCUGAGAUCUAAAAUGAGUAAGUGUGAGUGUCAUUUUCAAGAAAAGUCCUCAAGCUUCCAAAUAUUCUAUUAAACAAAGGUAAGGGCAUCUCUGCCCUACCUCUUGUCUUGCUUCAUAACAGCCAAACCUUAGGGCAGAGGAACGCUGUGUAGUGACCAGAACCACCUGGUGGAGCUACUGGGCUGAUGGUAUCUUUCUUCCUUUAUGGCCACCUAUUUCCUGGCUGCUGAGAUGGCCUCUGCGUUGGCUCAGCGCCCAGAGGCCUGAAACAAGGGAAAGGUGAUACUAUUUCCUGAGAUGGUCCCUUACUUCUUUCCAUCACUCCCUCACUUUUACUCCUUAAACCCAGAACCAGAGACGCACCCUUAUCAGGCCCUAUCUAACAUCUCCAGCCCUUUGUUCACAGAAUUAAUUGUCUUUGGUAUUGAGUGCCAAGUUGGGUCAUGGGAUACCAAGAUGGACUCAGUCCUGAAAGAGCAGGCACAAUUGAAAGAGGUUUCGCCUGUGUGACGUGUCUGUUUAGGGGCCUAUAGCUCCAGUUAGGAAGGGAAACCAAGAGGGCACAGGCUUUGGCAGGAACUGCUUAAUGUGUAAAUUCCAUCCUGUGACGGAGGGCACAGGAGAAGAGUUGCUAUUCCUGCCUUGGACAAUGCUUUUUGGUCUUUUAUUGUACUUGACUUCAGAGUCCCUGUCUUGGUUUUCAGUGUGUUUAGCAAAGGACCUAGUUAUCACUUUCUCUUCAUGCCUAGGUCAAAGAUUUUGAAACUCCUGAGAGAGAGAGAGAGAGCAUUUUGCUUCUACAAAGGAUCACAUACAGAAGCCCCAAGUAAUAGAUUUUGUUCCACUGGCUCAGAUAGAGCUCUGUGUUACUUUCUUUUGCCAUGUCCCCCACCCCUUCCCCAGCAUACCUCUUCUGAUAAGCACAUUUGCCCUGGUGAUAACUUAUCUUUGCCUCUCAUUUGCUUUAUUCCCCCCUCUUUGCAGCAGCCAAUUCCUAGUAUUCACCCAGGCAGUUGGAAGAGAGUCUUUUUGGAAUCCCAUAUGAGCCACAAGAGCUUUUGUGCCUUCUUGAUCUCUGAUAAUGUUUAGUUAAUGACCACUGUGAUCCCAUUAGGCUUCUGAGAGGGGUUAAGGGCAACUCUGCAACGCACAGGUGUCUGUCCUCCCUCCCAAGAUAUGCAUGUUUCAAAAUCCUGGAAGUUUAACAGACUGAGGCCCUGACUUGACUGUGGUUAUAGGGAGAGAUCAGUUGCUUUCUAGAGUUUUCCUAGUGGGCAUCCGGGUGGUUCUGAGUUUCUUCUACCUCACAGAGAUGGUGUGAGGCUUUAGAAGGCCCAAGGAUGAAGGUCCCUUGAGCUCUUCAUAAGAAAGAUCAACUAAGUAACAAUCUCAGCCUGCAGAAAGAUAAAAUACACUUAGAGCUAUUCUGUGUAGCCUUCUGGCUAGUUGCUCUCUAGCAUUUUCUUGGAUCUUCAUGCCUCUCAACACCUCUAGAAACCUGGAGGCAACCUGGGACCAUUCAAAUGCUUGAUACAGAGGUACCGGGCAAACCCUGCUAUACAGACCCUGAAUAAAUUGCUAAUUUCAAAGAAAAUAGACCCUCCUUUUAAGGAUGUACAAAAGUGUGUCUGCAUUGAUGUCUGUACUGUAAAUUUCUAAUUUAUCACUGUAUUAAAAAAGAACUUGCUAUUUAAUUUUGUAUUAAAGGAAAAUAAAGUUUUGUUUAUUA